UCAUUUACAAUUUUUAGACAGCGAUCUAUGAUCAAAGAUGGCGGGCACCUCCGACCCACUGGAAGAUAUGCUAUUUUCCGAGGUGGAUGAAAAAGCUGUGAGCGAUUUAGUGGGCUCUUUGGAGUCACAACUUGUUGGACAAAGCAACCCUGCAAAUACUCAGUCGGAAAACAGAGGUGCUGGGACUACAGUCACUGCAAACCAUCACUUAGGGAAAACGCUACCAGCCCAAGUGGGUAACGUUACUACACUAGUACAGCAGCAACAACAAGAAGGACAACAUAAAGCUGGGAUGCACCAGGAGAUGAACUCUAACGAAAUUAGCUCAGAGAAAACUGUUACAUCUUCUUCGCUGAGUUCUAUUCCGUCCUUUGAGGAAGCUUCCACCACUUCAGGGACUGGAGUAAACGCUACCAAGAGCGGUUUGCAAUCACAUGGAACAUCAUCUAUCACAACACUACCUGCAUCUGGUGGUGUAACAACUUCUCCGCUUGUCAACAGCAGUAGUAUCAUCAUCAUCAGCAGCACCACCACCCGAGGUUCCGCUCUGGCUUCAGGUCAGACCUCAACAGACAGUGCCGAUCAUCCAAGAAAACGCAUAACUGCAUCGUUACGGAGUGCAUCGGCGGGAAUACAGAGUUUGAACGGUACCGGAGGAGCGGUAACGUCAAGGAAUAACCCCCCUGCCGCGGGAACUGAUGCUUUGAUUAAUAACAUUAGCACUGUGUCUAGCAGUGCAAGUGCAGCAAACUCAAGUCGGACCGUUGACGUUACAUCUUGUGUAAAUACGACGAAUUUCACUUUAUCUAGCUCCAGCAUUUCCUCAACUCAAUCAGCGAUUCCCCUGGAUAAGGGGACUCCUACUAUUGCUUUGCAAAGACUACCAAGUCACAUUGUAGCGAGCAUCGCGCAGAAUGGAAAUGGCACUACCGUCUCGGCCUUGGUUAAACAAGGCGCGAUAGGACCGAUCACUUCUGCAGCAGCUUCGCAAGUGAACCACAAAAAAGAGGGUUCUGAAGCGAAGUCGGACGCUCCCGUGCAGUCCAAAAUAGCCAUGUCCAGUCCGUUAGGUGUUGUCAAUUCCGUAAUAAACUCUGUUUCCUCUCCCUCUGCUGUUUUCAACCUAGCAGCGACUUCUACUGCAAGUCUUGUCAUGGCAAAGCCUGCUGUCAAUGUUGUUGGACAAACAACAACGGUUGGAGUGGUAAGGUCUCCGUCUGUGGCCACAGCUACACAGCCCCUUCUUCAACCAGGAGUCCAAGCAGCUCAAAGAAUUGUUGCCCCCCAGCUGAUUGUCAGACCCCCCCAACAACCACAGACGACCAUUCAACUGCCACCUGGGUUUACCAUCCCACCGGGAAUGGUGUUGGUGCGCACUGAGAUGGGUCAGCUGGUGAUGGUCCCACAGCAGGCCCUUGCCCAGGCACAUGCCCAAGCUCAGACCCAGGCCCAGAACAACAUCUCCCCCCGAACUGCCACCCCCACUGCAGGGGCCACCUUCAGAGCAACUACCCUACAGUCUGUGACCUCUCAGGCUAUUCGGCCAUGUCCUCCUCCUGUCCAGGCCAAGAUGGUGCUGUCUCCCACUCCUAGCCCUGUCCUCCAGAUCUCCUCCUCCCCUGCGCCACCUUCUAAGGGCCCCAUGGCGCCGGUCGUGGCAGUGACGGCUCCCCAACAGGCCCCCGUGGUGAUGGCCCCUCAGGCCCAGGUCCAGGCUGGGGCCCAGGCCGCCUCGCAGCCAGCCCUGCCCCAGCAGACCAGCGCCCCUGUAGCCCCAGGAGCCUCUGUCAUCUCCCAGGAGAUGCAGGAGAAUGUGAAGAAGUGUAAGAACUUCUUGGCCACCCUGAUAAAGCUGGCUUCCCACAACUCUCCAUCACCUGAGACCUCCAAAAAUGUCAAGUCACUGGUCCAGGAUUUACUGGAUGCUAAGAUUGAGCCUGAGGAGUUCACCAACAGACUGCAGUCAGAGCUCAAGUCGUCUCCUCAGCCCUACCUGGUCCCCUUCCUCAAGAAAAGCCUCCCGGCCCUGCGGCUGUCUCUGCUCAACAUUCAGCAUUCCCUGAUCCAGCCUCUGCCGCAGGCCAAAGCCACCCCCACCACAGGCACCAGCUCUGCCAUCAUGGCCGUCCCAGCUGUCCGCGGCCGCCUCCCCAACAGCGUCAGCACCACGGGGGCCAGUGUCGGGGCCCAGGGACACACAGCUGCCCUGGGUAUCAAGCAAGCGGGAACCUCUGGUUGCCAGGUCAGGAUGCCCAUGUUGAUCACACCAUUAAGAACACAAGGCACUGUCAGCAAGGGAGCCACAUUCCAAGCAGGCAAAAGUCCUGUGGGUUUUGCUGUUAAGGGCUCUGGAAAUCAGAAAAACAAGCAGAACGAUCCCGGAGGCGGUUCUUUCAGGGAUGAUGAUGACAUUAACGAUGUGGCGUCCAUGGCGGGGGUGAACCUGAAUGAAGAGAGCGCUCGUAUCCUGGCAACCAACUCUGAGCUGGUGGGGACACACAUCCGCUCCUGUAAAGAUGAGGCCUUCCUUCACCCGGGCCUGUUACACAGACGCAUCCUGGAGACAGCUAAGAAGUUUGGCGUGUCAGAUGUUCCUAUGGAGGCUGUGAACUUCAUCUCCCACGCUACCCAGUCCCGACUCCGCACUGUGCUGGAGAAGGUCUCCUCCAUCGCACAGCACAGGAUGGACGGUGGUAAAGAUGAGGAGUGGUUUGAGCAGUCGGCAGACGUGCGGUCGCAGCUAAAGUUCUUUGAGCAGCUGGAGAGAAUAGAGAAGCAGAGGAAGGAUGAACAGGAGAGAGAGAUCCUACUCAAAGCAGCUAAAAGUCGCUCCAGGCAAGAGGACCCAGAGCAGGCUCGGCUGAAACAAAAAGCUAAGGAGAUGCAGCAACAGGAAAUGGCCCUGGUGAGGCAACGAGACGCGAACCUGACCGCGCUAGCUGCCAUCGGACCUCGGAAGAAACGCAAGGUGACCUCGCCAGGGGCCACGCCGUCAGGGACCGAGGUAUCAGGCAGCUCAGUGGGGUCGCCGGGCGCCUCCUCCUCCCCCUCCACGUCGUCACAGCGGCAACGUCAACGCAUCACCCGCGUCAACCUCAGGGACUUCAUCUUCUACAUGGAGCAGGAGAGAGAGACAGCCCACUCACUUCUGCUCUACCGGGCUCUGCUCAAGUAGCACCCUCCUCUCUCUCCCAGCACACUCCUCUCUCUCCCUUACCAUCUCCUACUACCCCUGCAAUGUGCCUUCAAUCGGGUCAGAUGUUUCAGCUCAGUGUCUGUUGUGAUGUUGAUAUUAACGUAGCUUUUGAUUUAAAGGCGAGAGAAAAAACUCACUAAAAUAUAUUGUAUGUGUCUAUCUGUUUUAGCUUCAUGAUAAAUACACUGAGUACCAAACAUUAAGAACACCUUCCUAAUAUUUCCCCUUUGCCCCCAGAACAACUCAGUUUGUCCGGGUCUUGACUCUACAAGGUGUCGAAAGUAUUCCACAGGGAUGUUGGCCCAUGUUGACUCCAAUGCUUCCCACAGUUGUCAAGUUGGCUGGAUGUCCUUUUGGUGGUGGACCAUUCUUGAUACACAUGGGAAACUGUUGAGUGUGAAAAACCCAGCAGCGUUGCAGUUCUUGACAUAAACCGGUGCGCCUGGGACCUACUACCAUACCCUGUUCAAAGGCACUUAAAUCUUUUGUUUUGACCAUUCACCCUCUGAAUGGCACACAUACACAAUCCAUGUCUCAAAAAUCCUUCUUUAACCUGUCUCCUCCCCUUCAUCUAAACUGAUUGAAGUGGAUUUAACAAGUGACAUCAAUAAGGAAUCAUAGCUUUCACCUGCAGUCUCCUGGUCAGUCUAUGUCAUGGAAAGAGUAGGUGUUCUUAAUGUUUUGUAUACUCAGUGUAUAUGUAUUUAGAGUGUUGACUUUAAGGCCAUGGUGAUGCAAACUCCUUGGGUAUUAUUGGGACUGGGUUUUUAAGGAGAAAUGGGUUUUUGUGUCUAAGGACCUGAGCCAGUACUUUUUCCAUGUCAGAUGUAAAUUUGACGUCCCAGGCGAAAUACUGAAUGAACCAUCUCAAAGUGAUUUUCUUUUAAAAAAUCAUAUUCUGAACUUACUACAGCCUACAGUAUUCUCUAGAAUGUAUUUGUUGAACAAAGUUCAGUGAAUAUGGUCACACAAAACUAACAAGUCAUAGAGUGGUCUGAUUCUUUAUACCAGAAACUUACCAGAGCAGCUUUUUGGAAAGUGUAUCUUCAGACAAUGGAUUACAGCAUAACAUAAAUCGAGCUCUUUAAAUGUAAAUAGUCAUUUUGAAUACUUUUAAACAGCAUGUAUGAUAUUUUUACCACAUGUAAUGUUAAUUACUCAGUACUGAGAUAUUCUGCAAAAUCAUGUGCAUUGAAAUGUGUUAUGAUGUUAUUUUAUUUGGAUCCCCAUUAUCUGACGCCAUGAUGACAGCUAGUCUACCUGGGGUCCGACACAAAACGAAAAAGACAUUACAGACAAAAAUACUUUGUAAUUUACAUACAGUACACUUAAAAAACAUGAACAAAUGGAAAAUACCUGAAAGGUAACAUUUAACUGUCAUUAGGAAAAAUUGUAUUCUUGUAUUCUUUCACUUUCUAAACUUUGUUUUAAUGCAAUGCAGAUCGUCUCAUCCAAUCCAACAUGUCAAUAAUUAGAGUUACUACAGUCCACCAAUAUGGUGGAUUCUGGCCAGUCACCCUCAUUGAGCAAUGCACAGUAGUCUCUCUGUACCCAAACGUAUGGAGAGACUUGAGAGAUUAUUUUUUCCUAGAUGUCCCUGUAGAAUUUAGAUGUUGCCCAUCUGUCUCAUUGUUUGUGCCCAUUUCCACAAUACUUUAGGUUGUCUGAAGAACCUAUUCUGUGAAGCCAGGCCCAUACCCUCAGCAGACGCCCAGAGUGCAGUAAGGUCGUUCGACAAGCAGCUCCCAUCUUAGGGUUUCCUCUGUUUCACUUCAAGACUAUUAACAAAACAUAUCAGACGUGUGAGCAGCUGGACAGUUGUUGAAGUACAGUUUUGAGAAUUCUUCCUUUAAGCCUAAUAUUGACAUUGCAAUGUUUUUAGAGUUGUAUGUUUUUAUGUUCUCUCUAGAACGAGAGAUGGCAGGUGACUGCCUCUCUGUCAGUAGCUAUAGAUCCUUGUCAUUAGGGUCCAACUCUGCAAAGGCCUCAGUGUUGUCACCUGUUUCUGACCAUCCUCUUAUUAACAUGGCCUUUCUCUUAUUGGUUGGUUGUGAAUAGCCUCUAUGCAGCUUGUCUUGUGUCGCUUUGUCAUUUAUUUGUUGAAUGGGCAACAUUUGAAAUGAAUGUUCAUUGAAGUUCUUUCUAACAGCACUAUUAUAUACAGUUUUUUAUUACUUAUACAAUGAGAAAAAAACAGAACGCUGUGUUACCAAUGUAUAGAAAGAAAUAGUUCCUGUUUCUUAAGCAUCAAACAGUAUUGUCAGUUGGUGUUGAAAGGGAAAUGUAUUUUUGAACUAUUUAUAUAUUUUUCUUUUGAGUUCUUUUUUCAUAGGCAUUUAAUUUGCCACAUUUUAGGCAAUGCCAUUUUAUCUCAAAAUUAUUUAUCGUUGAAAAAAUUGAAGUUUAAAAGAAGCACAAAAAAUACCUAUUUGUUCAGUGGUUAAUAUUUGAAUAAUUAUUUGUAUGAUUUCUGAUAAAUAAAAAAGCAGAAGAACAUUUCUACUACUUCAGCUUUUUAGCCAAAAUAUAAGGAUUACUGAUGUACCCAGUUGGAAGAUGUUUUAAUGUAUGGAUCAUUUGUAAAUAUUGUUUACAGGACCAUGUGUUUAUUAGGACUAUGUUAUUUUUGGUAAACUCUGUACAUAUCUUGAAAAUGUCCUGUUUGUGUGAAAAACAUACUUCUGUAUUUGUACCUAUUUUGUAAAAUAAUAAAUAAACUGUUUACUAAAUUAAGUAGACACAGA